AUGGCACUAGAUCAGUUGAUUGGUAGCCAACGCCUAUUAAAAUUUUCUCCUACUAUUAAUUUAGAAACAUUUCGUUAUAACUCAAUAUAUGUAAAUAAUCUCUUAAAGAUUAACAUUCCUUGUACUGAUGAGGAAUCAUUAUAUAAUAAAUUUGGUGAAAAAAAUGAUAUAGAAGAUAAAAUUCAAAUUGAAGUAUUAUCUGAUAAUUCAGAGGAUGAAGGAAAUGAAAUUGAAAAAGGAAGAUUAGAAGAUGAUGUUGAUAAAGAAAGAAAUGUAUGGUGGAGAAAAAAAAAAGUUGGGCAGGCGUAUAAUGAAUUAAUAAAUUCAAGAAGAUUAGUUUCAAGAUUAUUUUAUCAAAAUCCAAAUUAUAUAAAUACAAUAAAAACUGAAACAAAAUAUAUUGGACGAAGUAAACCAAAUUUUCAAUUUGAUAUUUUAAGUUUAAAUAGAAAAGACACUGCUACAAUUGAUGAAGAUAGUUUUUCUAAAUACAAAAAUGGUUUUCUUAAUUAUAUACAAUCUCUUGAUGGUUCAUUAGAGGAUGCAAAACAUGCAGUGAUAACUGUUAAUGAUUUUACUUUUGAAUGUAUUCAAAAAAAUCCAGAUUUUUCAAAAUUAAAUUUAUUUGCCAAAGUUUCAACUGAUUGUUAUGAUAAUGUUACAACUAAAAUAAGUUCUAAUAGAUUUACAAUAUGUCGUGAUCCAAAUACAAAAGUUGCACAAUUAGUUAAAUGUAAAUAUUAUCAUUUUUAUGAAUAUGCUUUUGAGACAAGAACUAAUAUUAUUGAUGAAGAAAUACCUAAAGAUUUUAGGAUAACAGUAAGAUUAUUAAUGCCUAAAGUUCCUAAAUUAAAAAGAAUACCAUGUAAUUCAAAUAUAUGGAGACCAGUAAUUGAUAAAAUAUAUUAUUUAAGAGGUGAAAAUUAUCUUAUAGAAUUACGAAAUAAAAUAGCAUGUCAUUGGGAUUUUGUUUGUACAAAAAAAGCUGAAGAUGGUCAACCAACAGAAGAUGAUUUUUUAAUAAGUCAAUUACCGUCUUCAUUUUUAUUUAUUCAUGAUACAUUAUACAUAGAUUUAACACGUAAAAAUAGUAAAGACAUAACAAGUGUAUAUAUAGAAUUUUUCAAAAAACGAAGUCAUAUUUUUGGUUCUGUAAAAGUUAAAGAUAUCAAUAAUAAUAAAAUAUCAGAUCUUAAUAUUCGUCUUGGACAUCCAUAUGUCUUUGUUCAUAUGGGAGGACAUUGUGAACACCAAUUUGUAUUUUCUGAUUUAAGGAUGUUAACAAUAAAUGAUUAUUAUCAUAUUGAGACAUAUCCUUUUAAAGUUGCAGAAGUUUAUCGUGGAAAAUUAUGUAAUGUAUGUAAAUUGAAUGUUCCUAAUUUUGUUGUUAUUUCAAGUCAAGCAAUUCCUAAAUGUCCAAAAUUGCUAUGUUAUACCUGUUAUCAUAGAUUUCAUUUUGUUUUAGAUGUUAAAAGUAUUGAUAGUGAAGCAUAUCAUUAUAUUGAUAAGAAUGGAUUUGUAUAA